GAGCUGUGCCUAAGCCGGGAUUGGUGGAGAAUCCUGUUUAGGAAAACACCCUUGAUGAGGAAAGCACAAAGCAAAGAGGAAAUUUUACCUGGAUGUUUCCAAGCGUGAUGGCACAGUAACUCAAGGACCACUCCCAGCAGGGCUCCCGCGGCACUUGGUAUAAAAGAGGACCCUCGAUUCAACCCCAAUCAUCUGAAUCAUCCGUGGCUGAGGAUUACAAGAGCUGUUUUGAUCAGGGGAAAACUUCUGUUUUUAGCACAGGCAGCAAUUAAAAUAGCUCGUGAAUCUAAACGCCUCGGGGAGCCGUCAUAAAAGGAGGCAGAAAAUCCAUCUUGUGGACUCCUCUACAUCCAGGGAUGAGCCUGGAGAAAGCAGAGGAGGCAAUUGCUUGAGGUUCACCUGGGGAAGAAGGACAACCUGAGGAAUCGAGUCGGAUACAGCAAUUUGAUCCCGAGAUGGCUGAGGAGGAUCCCCGGGGUUCGAGCACCCGUUUCUCGCUCUCCUUUUCGGGCAGUGGCUUUCUCGCCCUGUACCAGGUCGGGGUGGUGCAGUCCCUCCUGGAGCUGGCUCCUGAACUCCUCAAGUCAGCAUGCAAGGUCUACGGCUCAUCUGCCGGCUCGCUCAUUGCUGCCGCUGUGGUGUGCGGCAUCGGCCUCGAUGACCUAAAGGAAUUUUUCUUUGCCAUGGCAAACGAAGUCAGGAAAACCAUCCUGGGCCCUCUCUCUCCCAAGUGCAGCUUGCUGGCGAAUAUCAAGACCGUUUUACAGCGGAUGCUACCUGAGGACUCCUACCAGCUGGCUUCAGGGCGGCUGCACAUCUCGCUCACGCGGGUGGCGGAUGGCCAAAACGUCAUGGCCUCUGAGUUCAACUCAAAGGAGGAGCUCAUUCAGGCUCUCCUCUGCAGCUGCUUUCUUCCUAUCUACUGUGGAUUCAUCCCUCCAUCCUACCGGGGCGUGCGAUACGUUGAUGGAGGAUUCACCGGCCUGCAGCCUGUUUCCAGUUUGGAGGAAGCCGUGAUCACUGUAUCGCCAUUCACAGGAGAGCUCGAUAUCUGCCCACGGGAUUGUCCCGCUAUCUUCUUCUGUUUCCAGAUCUUCAAUGGCAGCAUUCAGAUCUCCAUAGAAAACCUCUGCAGGAUUAGCUAUGCUCUCUUUCCACCUAGCGCCAUGGUCUUGAACGACAUUUUCUCCCAGGGGUACCAGGACACUGCCCUUUUCCUCUACAGGAACAAUGCCUUUGGCUUGAACUACUUCGAUGGCAAUUUCCGCUUCGCCAGUAUGUGUGGGAAGAACAACUCCACGCAGUCCAAAAGGACAUACACCGGUCUGUGCAAAAGGGUCCCUCAGUGCCUGGCUCCUUGCUUCCUGCCAGGCUUGGCUCUGUGGAGGAAGGAGCAGGUGACUGGACUGCAGGAUCCGCUCUCAAAGGUCCUGUUGCAACCAUACAGGCUGCCGGCUUUUGUCAGGAAGGGGGUGAAGAAGCUGUGGGGGUUGCUGGAGGGUAUCAGCUCCAUGGUAAAACCAUUCCAGAAGCUCCUCAGAACCAUAGUGCCUCGUUUGCCUAAGACAGCGGCAGCCAGGAGGUAACUACCCUGGAUGGGGUCUCCGACGCCAGGCGGUUCUGCUGCCCCAAGAAGCCGUGGAUGCCACCAGAGCUCAUU